AUGGAUCACACGGAGGCGCUGCGGGACGACGCGCUCGCCGCCAUCCUUGGCCGCCUCCAGACGCAUGACCUUGCCGGGUCCCGAUGCGUGCGCAGAGCGUGGCACGCCGUCGUGGACGCCCGGCGGCUGCUGCUCCCGCACUCGGCGGAGGGCAUCUUCGCCAACUACAACGACCACCACCGCUCGCAAUUCCUCGCCCGCCCCUCCACUUCCUGCGUCGACCACAGCAACCUCCACUUCCUGCCGAACUACACAGAAGGCCAUAGAAAGAUCGCGGACCACUGCAAAGUUCUCCUGCUCUACGGCGACACGAGGGAGUUUUUUGUGGCAAACCCCGCCACGCGGCGGUGGCAGCGCCUGCCUGGAGCGCACGAUGAUGGGGAAUGCCGUGAAGCGUAUCUCGCGUUUGACCCUGCCGCGUCGCCGCACUACGAGGUGUUCUUUUUCAAAAAGGGGCCUUUUAUUACUUAA